CAAAAUUGUUCGGAAAUUGUUCAGAAAUUGUUCAGGCGUCUAUUAUAUUUUCGCGGACAUUUAUCUGUAUUCAAAAUGAAUCUUACCAUCAUUUGCCUUUCCUUGCUACCGCUCAUUGCAUAUGCAAUGGGAACAAUUUCCACCAAUGGCUACAAGAGCUACAAGGGCAGUUCGGCAACGGCGGGGAAUUCUUUGAAGUUAACCACUGUAUCAUCGGUCAUCGGAUGCCUGACGCUGUGUGCUGGCUAUCAGCACACGUCAAGCACAGUCUGUUACGCGGCUCGAUACAACGGGGCUACAGGCGAUUGUGAAAUGAUGUCACGCAACAGCACGGGAGCAGUGCAAUGGCUGGCCGACAACCAAUGGAAGGUCUUCGUGCGCAAGUGUGAGGCGGGUUGGACCAUGUUUGAAGUUUCGUGUUAUCAGCUGUUAAACAUCAAGAAAAAUUGGAACGACGCAAAGAGUACAUGCGAGCAGUUCAACGCUUCGCUUGCUUCGAUAACGAGUAAGGAGGAAGACGACUUUAUCAACGCAUACACUAAUGGAACAAGCGGUAUAAUCUGGAUCGGAGGUAACGACAGAACAGUGGAGGGACUCUGGGAAUGGGAUUCAGGGGAAGAAUGGAUCUAUGAGAAUUUUGGUGUGAAUCAGCCGGUUGGGGGCCCGUUUAAUUGCCUUGGAAUGAGUUAUAACCAAGGUUGGAGCGACCAUAACGGCUCAGGCGAACUACACUUUUAUUUGUGUGAAAAGUAGAUAUUGUUAUAAAUGUGCUAUAGGCAAUGUUUAGUGCAUUUAAAAGGUACUGUUUUAUUGAAUAAUGAUGCAUGUUUUUUAUGUGAUUACUAAAACAGUAAUCGUACACUUACUAAAUCGUGGUUUCAAGAUACAAACUGUUUCAUUUGAGUUUGACACAUAAAAAUAAACACCGCAAUAGAACUUCACCAUAAGCGUAUAAGGGUGUUUCUUAGUUGACCCUGAUUCAAACAAGAGGACCAUGAUGGCCCUAAAACGCUCACCUAA